UCAACAGAAACCCCUCUGUCUCCUGAUCUGGAUUAUUCCUGCAGCUGCCAUGAGGGUCACAUUUUAUAUCUCGUUCUGGAUUUCACUGAUGCUUUCCUCUGUCUCCUGUGGACCUACAGAAGGUGAAAGCCGUCUCAUUGGCUCAGACGAUCCAAUCAUGGUCGCUCCUGGCACAGACGUCAUCUUGCCGUGCCGCCUGGAGUUUGAGAUGGACCUGGUGAAUAAAACCAUUGAGUGGUCCAAAGUGGCCGAGAAGACAGAACCAGCCAAACAAAAGAGCUUGAAAACCUACGUUUUCCUGUACAGGAGAGGAAUACAAAUCACUGCCAUGAUGAUGCAGUCGUACAUCCAGAGAACGUCGAUGUUUUAUGACAGGCUGAGGCGUGGAGACAUGUCACUCAAGAUCAUGAAUGUCACAUUUGAGGACAAUGGGAUUUAUGAGUGCUCCCUGCCCAGAAGACAACAGCGGGCCAAAGUUCAGCUGGUUGUUAGUGAGUUCCAGUUUUCCUCAGUUGGUGGUCCUUCCCUGUGGAUCAAUCAGUUCUGUGGUCUAGUGAACAACACUGAAGUGCUGAACAUGAUCAAAGAGAAAUGA